AAAUUGAGAACUGAUUCAAACGAAGAGCGUUUGCUUCAUCUUCAUCAUUCCUCAUCAUGCCUUUGUCGGAUGAAAUGGUUAGAAGAGAGCUUGAAUCUUCUAAUGAACAGAAAGCUGCCUCAUCAUAUCCACAUGUUGUACUUUCUCAAGCCAAUGACCAACAGAUUGAAGAUCCUCUUAUUGCUGAACAAACCGAUGCUAUAAACGAAGAGUCAAUCGUUGUUUGUUCAUUAGAUUGUUCUGAAAACGGUGCAAAAAGAGCUUCUAAGAAGCCUAAGGUCAAAUCGAAGAGGAAGUCCAGUAGAAGGUGGGACGAAGACAGGAUAAAUGAAAAGUUGCGUGAUUUAGAAGAACUCAUACCUAAUUGCACCAAGAAUGACACAGAUACAUUGCUCGAUGAAACAUACGAGUAUAUGAAGAAGCUUGAACGCAACUUUCAGAUUAUGAAAAUAAUCUCAAACAACUCAUCCAAGGAACAUAUGUUGCAUCCAUCUUUAGUGCAUCAAUUAUUGUCCAUGCCAAGUUCAUCAGAAUCCCUUUCGACAAUUAUGAAUUCAUUGAAGCCGAAUUCAAACUCAGACUCAGAUGUGGACUCAGACUCAGACUCAGAUGUGGACUCAGACUCAGAUGUGGACGUGGACGAAAAUGUUUAA